CUAUGCGAGUUGCGGGGCGAGCGGGGGCCGGGCCCGCGGUGCAUGGCGGUCAGGCGGCGGACUCGGCGCCGUCGGGUCUCCUCAGGCCGGGAAUUAGGAAGGGGAGGAGAGAAUGAGGAUGCUUCCAGUGACAAAGCUCGUCAUCCUGCCCCUGUCUCUUGCAGUACAGGACACCCUCAGCCUGCUUGCAACAAAGAAGACAACUUACUGUUCUACAAACCUCUUGCUCUGGGUCCCGGUGCUCUCUGCGAGCACGCAGAGUAAAGUGAAAUUCAUGUCUGAGCAGUCAUCGGGGCAGGAUGGAGAGCUUGGGCUUGCAAGCAGUGACCCUUAGUGACGGGACGACAGCCUAUAUUCAGCAGGCUGUCAAAGGUGAAAAGCUGAUUGAAGGGCAAGUCAUUGAACUUGAAGAUGGGACCACAGCUUAUAUCCAUCAGGUGACAGUUCAGAAAGAGUCUGUGGCUUUUGAAGAUGGUCAGCCAGUGGUGUUGGAAGAUGGCAGUAUGGCUUACAUACACAACACAGCUAAAGAAGGUUAUGACCCCAGCACCUUCGAGGCUGUCCAGCUGGAGGAUGGCUCCACUGCCUACAUACAUCAUCCUGUCAUCAUGCCACCUGGCAGCACCGUCCUGGAAGUGCAGGCAGAAACUGGGCUAGAGGAGUUGGCUGGAGAGGAGGAAGAUGAUGCCUUUGAUGUCGAGACCAUUAAUACAUUAAAGCAGUAUGCCAGUAAGGCAUCUGAUGAGGAAGAGGAGGGAGUGACAGAUGCCUGCCAAAUGAAGAACAAGGACUCCAGUGACUUCCCUUCCCAGGAUUUGCAGGAGGAAGAAGUGCACAGCAAUGAGAAGGGGCAGCAGGUCGGCAGUAGAGCUUUCCGCUGUGGGUACAAAGGCUGUGGCCGCCUCUAUACCACCGCCCACCAUCUAAAGGUACACGAACGUGCUCACACAGGUGACCGGCCAUAUACGUGCGACUUCCCAAGCUGUGGGAAAGCAUUUGCUACAGGGUACGGGCUAAAGAGCCACGUGAGAACACAUACCGGUGAGAAACCAUACAAGUGUCCAGAAGAUGUGUGUAGCAAAGCCUUCAAAACCUCUGGUGACCUACAGAAACACAUCCGGACACACACAGGUGAGCGUCCCUUCAAGUGCCCCUUUGUGGGCUGCGGCCGUUCUUUUACCACAUCCAACAUCCGCAAGGUUCACAUCCGGACGCACACGGGCGAGCGGCCGUACAUGUGUCCGGAGCCCAACUGCGGGAGGGGCUUCACCAGUGCCACCAAUUACAAGAACCACAUGAGAAUCCACACAGGAGAGAAGCCGUACAUGUGCACUGUGCCAGGCUGUGGAAAGCGCUUCACUGAGUACUCCAGCCUCUACAAGCACCACGUGGUGCACACGCACUGCAAGCCCUACACCUGCAGUAGCUGUGGGAAAACCUACCGCCAGACCUCCACGCUGGCCAUGCACAAACGCAGCAGCCACGGCGACCUGGAGGCCACGGAGGAGAGUGAGCAGGCCCUCUACGAACAGCAGCAGCUGGAGGCUGCUGCUGCUGACAGAGGCUCCCCACUAAAGAGCCAGCAUAUUGCUUUCCUGUCAGAGAUGGAGGAAGAGGAAGAUGGUGUGGCUACACAGGUCUCACUUAUCUCUCAGGAUGGGACAGAACAGGUCAGUUUGUCACGGGAAGAGCUGCAGGCCCUGGGCAGCGUGAUCAGCGUGGUGACGCAGAGCGGUGCCCUCGCCGUGCCCGAGGAGGAGCUGGCAGGUGAUGGCACACACGCCGUGACUGUGGCCAGCGCUGACAGCACCGACACGCAGCCGGUCGCCAUAGUCACCUCUGGGGCAGUCGUGUCUGAAGAACCAGCCCUCGCAUCGCUCCGCCAUCAGCAGGUGGCAUUGCUGGCUACCACCAACGGCACCCACAUCGCAGUGCAGUUAGAAGAACAGCAGAGCCUGGAGGCAGCCAUCAGCAUGGCCGCAGCAGCGAUCCAGCAGGAGCCUGUAACGCUCGCCGUGGCUGAGAACGGGUGCUGAGACCCCGCGGAGCCUCCCGGGCAGGGAGAGCAGGCGGCCCGAGCCUCUUCUCCACGGGCUGUGGGGAGCUGCAGGAGGGGGCCCAGCCGGCCGCGGAAGAGGUGCGGUACGCGGUGAGGGAAGGUGGCCGGGGCCGGCAGCCAGCGUGUGCACCGCGCAGGCGGUGAGAGCCGACACCGGCAGCGCUGGGCUACCAGGGUGACCCUGCUGGAAGGGCUCUUCUCUCCAUGGAGGGAUGUCAGAGAUACUUGGCUGCUGCCUUCACCCACAGGCUCUGCUGUUUUCCUGGGCUCUGAGCAGCAACUUCCCUGCUCAGAGGGAAGAACUCCUUGCCUUGGGCACUGACUCCUGUCUCAAAGGAGAUGGCAGAUUGUGUCUUCUAGUAUUUAUUUCUUCAUGGCUAAAAUUUCCAAGACCUGCCGGUCUUCUGCAGUAGAGGUGGAGCCACAGAGAUUUCAGCAGUCUCUGGGAGCACAAAAAUUUUUUGGAGAGAUGCUUCCUGCCCUCUCCCCCCUUAGGAAUGGUCCAACAGCUCCCCUUUCCUGCCCACCCCUCCCAGUAAGGGCCAAGUGGGCAGCACAUGCACAGAAGCAAUAAAGCCCCAACAAACCAAACCCAGGCUGUCCCGGGCUCAGUGUCUGGAGCAGUGACCAGUCCCUGAUGCUGGAGCAAGCGCUCAGGCUGGCUCUGACACUAAUUCUCUCAUCUCUUUCUCACUCUGCUCUCGAGCACACUUCCUUGGCAGACUCAGCACCAUGGAGCAGCUCAAAGCGCUCCCUCCACUGAAACCAACCAGCACUUGUUGGGGGCUGAGCUAGACUUGGAUGUAGAUACUGAGUUGAAAUAAAAACAAACUUAAAAUUUUCUUUUUAAAAA